AUGGACUUAGCAAGACAUUUUAGCCAUGCUAGCUCCGCUAAAAAAUUGAAAAUCGAUACUUCCUAUACAGAACCAGAAGGAAAACCAAGUAUGUUUAAUACAUUAGGUAUGAUCCAUAAACUAAAUAUCUCUAUUAAAACCAAAGAUAAUAAAUGGAAACAAGUAGAAGUUACUGAAAUUUUUGUAACUGAUGAACCUGAGCAAAAAAUCGCACUGGAACCUAGGCAUAAAAACGCACUUAUAUUGGGUUGGCCAUGGUUUCAGGCAAAUGUGGAAAAUGUAAAUUUUGAAAAUAAAACUUUUACAUUCACGACUCUAGCAUGA